AUAGUGUAUUUUCUGAGCAAUAAACGGGAUUAUAAAAGUAUAUAACUGGUUUAAAAAAUCUUGUAAAACUAUUACGGAAUGUUUUCAGAAGAGCAAAUUGAGGAUUUUAAAGCUACUUUUUUACUUUUUGAUAAGGAUAAUGAUGGCACCAUUACUUCAGAAGAACUUGGGACCGUUUUACGUUCUCUUGGUCAUAACGCCACUACCGAUGAACUUCAAGAUAUAAUAAACGAAGUUGAUACUGAUGGAAACGGAACAAUAGAUUUUCCAGAGUUUAUAGAAAUGAUGAGCAAAAAGUUGAGGGACUAUGAAACUGAAGAUGAAAUAAGUGCAGCGUUUCGAGUAUUCGACGAAGAUGGGAAUGGUUUGAUUAGUACAGAAGAACUUCGUCAUGUAAUGACGGUAUUAGGAGAGAAGUUGACGGAUGAUGAAAUUGACGAAAUUAUUAAGGAGGCCGAUACUAACGGUGAUGGACAUAUUGAUUAUAAUGAAUUCGUGAAGAUGAUGUAUUCCUAUUAAUUAUAU